CCCACCGCGCAUGCCAUGCGUCGUAGCUGCGCAUCGCGCCCACCAGGCCGCCCAAUCUCCUAUUCAUCUUCUCCAAACUGCCUCUCCCCACCCAUCUCGCCCAUGUUCGCGAAACCCAGAGCCGAACCGCCCCCAGUCGACCUCGGCUCUCCGGCGAGCUGCCCUCCAUGUCCUGGCCACACAGUCGUUCGUCGCGCCGAUCGCCCAGGAAGAUCUGUGAUGCGCUCGUCGUUGCCGAGAUCGCGAUUCGUUUAUGAGCUUCGAGGAAUCGAUGAUCAAGCAUGGCGACAGAGUGAUCGAACUCUUCGAGUUCUACGUGAUUGAAGACCCUGAGCAUCUGUUUGGUGAAGGCAAGUGUCCUCUGACCCAUUAUGUCCCAUUUACUUUAUAAUACACUGUCCCACAUACUAUGAACAACCUAAGGAUUUACUAGCUUUCUAUUUACCUUGUCCUUGAUUUACCUUUUGGGUUACUAUGGUUAGCUACAUGCUAGCGCUUUACUUUAAUCAAUGAACAUGAUGAGAUACAAUGAUGAUGCUAUGAUUUUAUUCUGGAUAUGAUGAUAUACUUGUGGCAUUUAGGGGACUCGGGUUGUUUCCCGAGUACCUCUCCGUAAGGACCUGUUCGUUGAGAGACCACCCGGGAUAACAGUGCAACCAUGAGGGUGAAAUGGGGCGCCCUUAGCUAAUUAAUUAGAGGAACUAGAGGUGUGGUUGCUUCACCGUCGUGCCGUCAAUGGGGUCCAGGCACAGUGCUUGCUCUGCCGAGGCUGGGUGCCGAGGUUCUUUCGUUUUGCUUUUGUUAGUCACCCCCCUGCGGGGAGUGGUACUGUGUUUAUCAAACUGGAGAAACCUAACGGGCGGCUAGUACCUCUAGGGAAUCUUUGUAAAAGCUACGUAGUGAUACCCUGCCGGACCACCUAGGAAGUGAUCAAUGGGGAGUCAUGAUCCCCGGGCAAAACGGGAAUCACGGCUCAUGGGUAAAGUGUGCGACCUCUGCAGAGGGUAAUGAAACUGAUAUAUCAGCCGUGCUCACAGUUAUGAGCGGCCUUGGGAUCCUCUUUGAUUAGAAAUACAGAUGGUUCGAGAUACAAUGGUUCUAUUUAUGAUUUUGGUUCGAUGAUGAUAAUGAUGUUCCUCGAGGAGGAAAUGGUUCACGGGUUGGCUAUUACUAAAACUUGGCUUCCACUAAUAAUAAAUACAUGACCAACUAAAAGCAACUGCUUGAGCUUAACCCCACAUAAAGCUAGCCCACUUGAGCCAAACGGGACACUUGCUGAGUACGUUGAUGUGUACUCACCCUUGCUUUCAUAAGACACCAGGUGCCUUCGGUGCAAUCUAUGCUUAGGUAAAGAAGAAUGCGUCGAGGCGGAUCUCCAGGAGUUCCAAGACUUCGACGAGUUCGAGGAUUAGGCUAGCGACCUCCCCCAGUCAGCUGCCUGUGGUGGGUUUAUUUACGUUGGCUACGUUUCUAUUCUGUGUACUUUGAUUAUAUUAUGUAAAUGACUCUAGUCUUUAAUAUUAUUACUCAUUCUAUAUU